AGUCUCUUUGCUUGCUUUCGUUCAUUGGCUGUUCGCAACUUUAAUCAAACUAAGUUCCGCCCACUUUGACCUUGGGGAACAAAUCAGCAGUGAGAAAAUAACUCUGUAUCAUUACGUUGCCUGAGAGCUAGCCAAUCCGGAUCGAGCAUUGGAGAGGGGCGGUUCAGUUUGGAGUAGCGUUAUUCACAACCGACAAAAGGUGAAAUCUAGUAAGAGGUAUGUCUCCAGAGGAUGAACUCCAAAGUCCCCCACUUGGUUUCAGCUCUGCCAUGGAGGAUGUAUCUCUGAGCUGUGGUGAUCUAGCUAGGUCUCACGAGCUGGGGAGAAGGAGCAGAGCACGCAGCGUUCUUCACACAAGUACCCCAGAGGCUGACAUAAAUUGUCAUGGAGACUUUGCUGAUGGAAAAAGCCCUUUCUUGAAAAUACUGAUGGAUGCAGAAGCAGCUGCAAACUCUGCUGCCAUACAACUGGUGUCUUUUAAAGAUGCCAUGGAAGAUGAAUUUGCUGAUUCAAGACAGUCUGCCAGUGAUAAGCGCCGAAUUGCAAGGCAGAGAGGACUUUUGCUGGAGAAGUUGGAGGAUUUUAGACGAAUAAAUAAGUCUGUUCGUCAGAAGCUGAAACAGCUCCAAGAUUCAGAGACUGAUCGAAUUGAUGCCGUCCACCAAAUAGACAUUUUAUUGAAGAAGAUCACACAGGCUGAGGGUGAAAAUGAGCAUUUAAAAAGAGAUUUGAGUGAGACAGAAAGAAGAGUCGAGGAACUGAUGGAUCUGCGGAAAGAAGAGCAGGAGAACAUAAAGAGUGCUGUUCACAUGACCAAGUCUGUGGAGGCGACUCGUGCUCACCUGCAGGCGCAGCUGCUCAACAAAGAGGCCGAAAACAAUCGUCUGACUGUACAGCUACGGACUUUGGAGAGAACCCUGACCGAGCAAAAGAUGGAAAUUGAUGAUCUGAAAGGCUCCAUCACCUCUCUGACGGAGAAGGCAGCACAGGACAAAGAAGCUCUCAAGAAAGCCACCCGAGCACAGAAACUAAGAGCUGAGAGGUUUGAAGCUGCUAUUGAGAAAUGCUAUGCGCAAAUGAAAGAAAAGGAUGCUCAGCUGGCCAGCGCCCGUUUAGAAAGAGACUCCAGGAGACAGCAAAAGGAGCAGAUGAUGGAUGCGAAUGACAAACUUGUCGCUCAUAUAGAAUUGUUGAAAAGCCAAAUUGCAGACUUGACAGCUAGGCUGCAGAAGGAGAAGGACGAGCUCACUGCAGCUAAUGAAACUGUGAUGCAACGUGUUGAAAAACUCAGUGCUGAAAAUGGAGACCUCAGCCUCAAUAAUGCAACACUCAAGGCAUCUGUUGCUCAGUUGGAGCAGCAGCUGGCUGAUUGUGAGUCUGACCUAGUAGAAGAGAAGAUUGUGUCUCAGGAGAGGAAACACGAAGCCGUACAGUGCCAAUACCAGGUUGCAGAGCUUCAAGCUGAGAUAGAUGAUCUGAAGAUGAAAUAUGCAAAUCUUUUAAGAGAAACAGAGAAGACACGAGAUGGAAAAGAUACAGAAGUUGAGAAGGUGAGGCAGGAGCUGCAGGGGCGUGUGGAGGAACUGAAGUCUUACCCCGAGUUACUGAGUGCAGCUGAGCAGAGUCUCUUCGAGUGCCAGGAGAACCUGCGACGCUCGGAGAGGAAGUGCUCAGAAAAGUCAGAGUCCAUUAGGCAACUGCAGGUUAAGAUAGAGAGUCAAACAAAAUUGCUGAAAUCAUCUGUGGAGAUGAAAGAGUCCACGCAUGAGGCCAAUUUACAACUACAAGAGAAAGUGCAGUCGCUUCAAAAGCAGAUGGACACACUGCAGCAGGAGAACCUGGACCUGGUACGGAGGCUUGCAGCUCAGGAGGAAGCUCUCAGCUACAGUAACCGGCAGCUGGAUCAACGCUCAUCAGAGUCCCAGGCCCUCAGCCGGCAGCUGGAGGCAGCGUUAUCAGACGUCAAACAACAGGUCAACAAGGUAAAAGACCAGGCUGUUUCCAGACAAGAGGCCCUUCAGACCAAAAUACUGGAGCUGGAAGCCGAGAAGAGCAGAAGGGAUAAUGAGCUGAGGCUUCUUCGCCAGAGCAAGCUCACUGCAGAGAAACAUUUCGAUGCGCGUCUGAAGGACCUGCAGCUCAGCUUGGACCAGUCAGAGAGCCACAAACAAAGCAUUCAGAACUACGUUGAUUUUCUCAAAAACUCUUAUAAAACAAUGUUUGAUGAGGGACUGCAAGCAUCAAGUUUUGGAUCAUCAUAUUUUCUAAAAUGAUUAAGGAUUCAUCUGUUUGCAUUUAAAACAAAAUUGUUUUAUGUGUACUGUAGUAUUUAUGGUUUAUUUAAAAAUGACAAAAUAAUAUCACAUUUUUAGAGUGAAAGGAAUUUUUUUUAAUAUAGUUUUAGGCUAUAUAUAGAUAGCUACUUCUACAUUUAGCUGACAAUCUGGGACUUUUUUUUGUUGUGAGAGGUUUUGAUACCUGUUUUUAGCUCAUGUCCCAAGAGAUGUUACAUAAUAUUUUCACAUGUGUAUGCAAAUUGUGGACUGUGAACUCUUGGUGCUACUGUGUCUUAUUCCUAUUCGACAAGGAGCCAGUUGCAUACAUUCAGUUUUAGAUUAGUCUGAACUUUCGACAUCUGGUAGAUUGUUGAUUAAUUCUUAUGUUGCAUAAACAUUACUGAUUGACUAAUUCAGAGUUACUUAAAGUAACCACAUGCCCCCCCUUUUAAGUUUGAGUAAAAAUCCACUUGUUAUAGCAGUAUGUUGGGUGAGUUGGUAACAGACGUGUUACCUUAGUCCUCUGUUUAAAACCUUAAACAAUUUGGCAAAUUGUUGGUUUAUUGUCAGAGUUGUGUUGAAAAUGUAUUGCCAACUAUUCCAAAUAUUGAUUAAUUAUUUGAGUCAUAAAAGGAAAUGUAGAGUUUCUCUGCUUUUUAUCACUUUAAAUUGAAUACCUUUGGGUUUUGGACUGUUGAUCGGAUAAAACAAGCAAUCUGACGAUGUCACAUUGAGCUCUGAGUAAUUGUAAUCAGCAUUUUCCUCUAUUUUCUGAUAUCUCAUAGACUAAAAUGAACAAAAACAAAAGGGGUUUCCAGAUGGAGGAAAGCAGUGUGCCACUAGGUGGAACUGACUUGUUAGUCAUCUUUUAGCUUUUGUCAAGUGUCUCGUUUUACCCACAGUCCGCUGUGCGCUUGGUUGUAAUUCUUACCUUAGUCACUACUAUAUGAGUUCUAUGUAACAUAGUAAAAACGUGUAAGACUAGGUCUACUUUUUAUGCAACUGGCUCCAGCUUGUUUUUUUGCCAUAUAUUUUGAAGCGGCACGUACACCUAUUAUGAAAGCAAUUUUUAACCAAUACAAGUAGUGCUUGAAAACCAAAUACCAUGUGGGUGCAUACGUCCACCCCUGCCCCCUGUUAACCAGGGGUGGAAGAGACCACAUUUUCCAUGGUGCUUAAUUUAAACAUGAACAUGAACUUUGCUCUCGCUUUAAUCAUAAUUAUUUUAAUGUGACUAACGCAUCUAUCCUGCUGAUGCUGAAAACACUCUUGUGUCUGUUUUUGUGGUGAUUAUAGAAAAUGUGUGAUGCAUAUUGAAUGUGUUUCUUGAUUCUCAGCUGGACUGAGAUGAGUGAAAUCAAUUGUUCCGCUGUCAGUUAUGAAGCUCAUGCCUUUGGGGUUGCAAACAGGAUUACUGAAGUGAUGCUGAUACAUGCGCCACUGGGAUGUUUCCAAACCACUUUAAACUCUUGCUCAGUUGCACUCAUGCUUUUGCAAUGGAAGGUUUUUAUAUUACUGAGGGGUAGACGCAAACACGAGAACACAGGUAUCUGCUACAGCAUGAUUUACCCAAAAACUGAACUAUGUUCAUCUUGUACUGUACUUCGAUCUUCAUGUUCUGCUGCAGUUGCUUGUGGUCUCAUACUGUAGUUUUGGUAAUAAACUACCAUGGGUCCA